AUGCCAAGACCAAGAGCAAACCAAGACCCAAGAGCCAAGAGCAAAGCCAAGAGCCAAGAGCCAAAGGCCAAGACCAGAAGCAAAGCCAAGACCAAGAGCAAAGCCAAGAACCAAAGCCCACAGAGCCAAGACCAAACCAAGAAGCCAAGACCAAGAGCCAAGAGCCAAGAGCAACCAGAGCCAGACCAAGAGCCAAGACAAGAGCCAAGACCAAGGCCAAGAGCCAGACCAAGAAACCAAAGCCACAGAGCCAAAGAGCCAGAAGCAAGAGCCAAACAAGAAGCCAAGCCAAACCCAAGCCAAGAGCCAAGACCAAGACCAAAAGCCAAAAGCAAGACCAAAGCCAGAGCCAAAGCAAGACCAAGACCAAGACCAAGAGCAAAGCCAGCCAAGACAAGCAAGAAGCAAAGCCAAGACCAUACCAAGACCAAGACCAAAGCCAAGAUCAAGAGCCCAAAGCCAAGACAAAGAACCAAGACCAGAGCCAAGAGCAAGACCAAAAAGAACCAAGACAAGAAGCCAAACCAACGACCAGAGCCAAAUGCCAAACCCAAAACCAAGAGCAAAGCCAAGACCAAAUCAAGACCAAGAUCCAAGACCAAAGCCAAGAGCCAAGACCAAGAAGCCAAACCAAAAAAGAGUCAAGCCAAUAGCCACAAGCCAAAACCAAACGAAAAGCCAAGACAAGCCAAGACCAAACAGAGACAAGAUUCCAAGCAGCCAAUAGCAAGCAAGAGCCAAAGCCAAGACAAGACCAAGACCAGAGCCAAACAAAGCAAAGACUAA